AUCCUUAUAAAUGCUGCGAAGCCUCAAGUGGGGAUAAUGAGGCCGCAUCUGCAGAAGAUAUCGGCGUUUUCGAGGGGCGUUCGUGUGCAAAGUUGGACGAGGCGCGCAUAUGCCUUUCAGGCCGCUGGCGGGCCCGUCUUUGAGGUCUUCAACAGAAGGACAAAAUGGCUACAGAAAGAAAGAGCUGCGUCCAACCCACAACUGAGCAGACAGGCAGACUAUCUGAAAGAUGAAGUUGCCGUCCGGUUAUGUGAACGACUAUUGGACAUCAAACGCCAAUUCCCCAACGUUCUAGACCUGGGAGCCAAUGCUUGCAACGUUGCCAAGGCAUUGACGCGAGAGAACCCUGAUCCGGAUCCGGCGAAUCCCAUAUCGCCUCCCAUAGCCACGCGCAUGUCCAGGCUCACCGCUGCCGAUUCUUCAAGGGCUAUGUUGUACCGGGAUGCUGAUGAGCCCUGGAACAGUAGUAUGGACAUCUCGCGCGUGGUAUUGGAUGAUGAGGAGACCCUCCCGUUUGAGCCGGCUACUUUUGAUCUGGUGCUUAGCAAUCUGAGCAUGCACUGGAUCAAUGAUCUCCCCGGCGUCCUUGGACAGAUCAACAAUGUCCUUAAGCCGGAUUCGCCCUUCAUUGGCGCCAUGCUUGGCGGUGACACUCUGUACGAGCUGCGGACGUCUUUGCAACUGGCCGAACAAGAGCGUAGGGGAGGCGUGUCACCGCACGUCUCGCCUCUGGCCGACGUGAAAGACGUCGGCGGGUUGCUGCAGCGGGCUGGGUUCAAAAUGUUAACGGUGGAUGUGGAUGAUGUUAUUGUUGACUAUCCGGACAGCUUUGCCCUGAUGCAGGAUCUGCAGGCCAUGGGCGAGGGCAAUGCUGUCAUCGGGCGUGAGAUGGGCGCCAUCAGUCGAGAUGUGCUUCUUGCCAGCGAUGCAAUCUAUCGGGAGUUGCACGGAAACGAAGACGGCAGUCUCCCUGCCACCUUCAGAAUCAUUUAUAUGAUAGGCUGGCGCGAGGGCGAGGGCCAGCGGCAACCUCUGCCAAGAGGCAGUGCUCAGAUAAACCUCAAGGACGUCCUUGAGGCCAAAUAA